AUGCAUCCUAAAGCUGACACUGAUUCAUACGCUUGUACACAUGAUACACGCAGUGCUGAAUGUCAUACCGUAACUAAUCAGGACCAUCAUGAAGACAUUGAUCAAAAGGCUGAAGAAUCGGUUAAUGAUGGAGAAGCCUAUUGGACUGAAGGGAUACGUAAUCCAGGAUGGCUUACGGUAGCAGGGACAUGGCUCACCUACUUUGUGUGUGGAGGCACUACCAGCUCUUGGGGCGUAUUUCAGGCAGAGUACACCAAAAUGUUUUCCAACGAGGUUGCUGUAUCAUUUAUUGGUAGCACCUCUCUCUCAAUAGAAUUGCUCGGCAUCUUAACAACGCCAUUAAUACGCCGCAUUGGUGUGCGUUACACGAUGCUGAUAGGUGCCUUGAUUUCCACGGUUGCAUUGGUCAUGGCAACCUUUGCCAAGGAACUAUGGCAACUCUUUUCAACGCAGGGGCUUAUGUAUGGUAUUGGGUUAUGUUUGGUAUUCAGUGCUCCAGCCACAUUGCCUUCCCAGUGGUUUGUGAAGAAUCGUGCAUUGGUAAAUGGCAUUGCAUGGAGCGGAGCAACUGUGGGUCCAAUGGUAUGCGCCAACACCUUUCAAGCAUUGUUAACGACGCUUGGACGACAAAUAACACUUGCAAUCAUGGCCGGCAUUGUAUCUGUUCUGUUUUUGGUGGCUUCAAUCUUAUCAAAACCACGCUAUCCUAUGCAUUCUAAUAAGAAGGUAACAAAGGAUGGUCAAACUUGUUCAAAAAAGGGCUCAAAAGAGUCGCUUUGGAGUAUCCCUUACAUGGUGGUCCUCUUUUUCUCUUUCACGUAUCCUUUCCAUUGGCAAGCAGUUUUCCUUCUUGCGCCAUCUUAUGCUCAGUAUGUGGGUGCUUCACCAACAUUGGCUGCAUCCACUGUUACCAUCAUUUUCUGCAUAUGUGCCAUCUCGCGUAUUGUGUUUGGUUUCCUGGCUGAUCGUUAUGGGAGGCUCAAUGUGCUCUCAAUGGCAUUGUCCAUUAAUGUUACAUUGAUCAUGACCUUAUGGCGAUAUGCCGACACCAUCCCGAUGUUUAUAGCCUUUUGUGCAUUACUCGGUAUUUGGGGAGGUCUCUGCCCAAGUAUGCGACCAGUGAUUGUCAGCGAUCUCGUGGGCGUGAAAAAAGCACAAAAGGCAGUUUGUUUGUCGUAUCUGUUUUCUGUACCUAGCACCCUCGUGGGGGACCCUUUCAUUUCUUAUAUUCAUUCACGUUACGGGUGGACUGCUGCCAUCCAAACGAUUGGCCUAUUUGGAUCACUUUCAGCAAUAUCAAUCCUAACUGUACGAUUCUUGACUGAUAAACGACUACUUGCCAUUGUGUGA